UAAAUCUGCACCGCCCAGGCAGCACAAAAAGUUUGGAAAGUCCUGACACCGUUCCACUGCUGAAUGCAGCCACUUCCUCGCCCCGUGGAUUAUAAAGUCAACUUUAUUCAGGAGAGCCACCUACUUAAAAAUCUCUGCUGCUCCGCCACCAGACAAGGACGCUUCAACCCCACUGCCUGAGAUUCAACUUUACCCAACACCUGAAACGUUAACAGAGAUGGAGGGUUACAUGAUGCCGUUUGCUCUGCUUCUGUGCAUCUCUAUUGCAGCCUCUGCCUCAAGUCAGACAUGUGAUCCGAAGGAGGAUAAUGACAACCCAUGGGUGUACGUGCAUGAGAUGCUAAUUGGCUGCUGGACCAACUUUGUUGGAGCCGACCAGGCAGAGGUCCACAUCCUUAACCUGAACUUUACCACCGCGAAUGGCAAAAUGUUCUCUCUCGAGAUGACCAAUGCAAAACCAAUGAACCUUAUCCUCACAUCAGCAGACAUGGUUUACGGUCUGCACAACCUCAACGCCGAAGUUCACAUUUAUAUACACAAUUUCUCCACAAUUACGCUACACGGGAAUCAACAUCACAACAAUGUCCACAGGCAAGACUUCCCCACUCAAGAUGAAGAGCUGGUGAAGUGGGCAGUGCAGAAGUUUGGGGGUGUGACUUCAUUCACUACUAUUCGAAAUCUAAGAACAGUCACAUGGACAGGAGCACAAGGAAAAAAACCUGGCUCCCCGAACUGUGUGCUCAAAAAGGAAGACGCAUCAGAGAAGCACUUUAUGGUGAUCGAAGCAGCACCUUCGUUCAAAUCCUGCUCCCCGCAAACACAGAACCCCAGUGGUGCAGUUGGUCUUCAUAUCAUAAACAUCCCAGAGAGUUCCAGCAUUCGCAAUGUAUCACUGCGCGUGGACACAAAGGAGACCAGUGUGUUCCUGAGGGGCCCUGAAGGCACCACGUGGACCUUUCUCAACCCGCAACACACAAAGUUUGGUUCUAACAAUGACAUCCUGCUGCCCGCCAUCACACACAGAAUCCCUCCGUCAGUUACACUGAGAAGUGACAUUGCAGUGGAUGUGCAGAGGAAGGCUUUGGAUCAUUUUAAAGUCACUACUUUCACCAGUUAUACUGAAAUCAGACCAGAGGAUUCCAUGAUACUACUAGUUCUUCGGAAAAAAGACAAUCCAGCAGUUACAGAAGCAACUCCAGAAACUGUCAACCCCAUUACGACUAAUUCCCCUCAUCAGAUGCCCCUGCUGAUGCAGCUCUACACCUCCCCAGACUACCGUUCACCCCUGGACCCCAACACUAAGGUUCAGAGUGACAAGAGAAUUUAUGCAGAGAUUUCUGGCCACACUUUGGGGGGUAUUGUCUUGACUAUCAAGGUGAUCAGCUGCUUUGUGCGCUCUAAAGGCUCCUGCCCCGUGGUGAAAGAGCUGCCCUUCAUUUCAGAGGCCUGCUCCUUAAAUUCCUGUCCCAACAGCACUCGACUCAGCUUCUCUUUAGAUCAGCUCCAGGAGCUGACAUCCACCACGUGGGACCUCGAAUGCUCUGUCAAACUGUGCUACAGUGAGAAAUGUGGAGAUGGAGGAAGAGUGAAGAGGAAUCUGGAGGUGACUCAGCCAUGUCUGCAACCACCAACUCCACCAUGCUUUGAUUUUGGCCUACCAGGAGUUCUGGGAAUUGCAUUUGGAGGGUUUCUGAUUGGAGUAUUACUUAUUGGAGCACUGUGGUUUAUCAAAAUUAAAACAGGGUACCCAACUGGAUUGGACAUGAGCUCAACUGCAGCCAGUCUUCCAGGAUGUCCCUGCUCAGGAGCGAAGCGCCAACCCGUUUCCACUAACCCUUCACCUUCUGAGAACAGCAGCGCCAACGCUAGCAUCGGAAGCACCCAAAGCACACCGACCAGCAGCAUGGCAUGAAAUUAUGCUAUUUCCUACCAGCAGGGCCACCAUCUCCCUUGAAAGUCACCUAUACGGGUUUUGUGCUUUUUCUUUUUACUCUUAAUGCUUAAAAAGCAUUUCUCUCCCGCCUGCCCUCUUUGAAAUCUUAUUUAAAAAAGCACAAGCCAUGUCUUUGACAUACCACGUCUGAAAUGGAUGUGAUGUGGGAGUUUGUAAUCGUGGGUGGGGAGGCCUGGAUGACGGCUAACUGAAGUCUAAUCAUUGGCUUCUGAUGCUCACCUUUGCAGCCUCUCUGUAAAGUCGAGCUCCCAGACAGGAAGUUAAAAAGGGCAAGAGAAAAAAAAAUUGGCUCCCAGCAACAGGAAAAACAAACCAUAUCCCCCAAGAGCUAACAGGAAAUUCACCGCAUUCCUUUGAAUGAAUUGUGCUUGUGUGAUGGCAGCACAAUAACAGUCAGACAGGAGACAAACCAGUCAAAAGACUCACUUUGAAAAACAGAUGAAAAGCUGUUUUGCAUUCACAUCUAAGCAACUAAAAUCUGAAGGUUGGUCCAGAAAAACUUCUUUAACAACAUCUUGCAGACUGAACAGAUCCACACAUUGAGAUCUUAAACUAAUCAAUGUAAUGGUCACUUCAAGGACUAUUUGUCUUAAUUGGAGUUUAAGGUUAAUGGUUAACAGCUACCUCCUAUUAUUUAGAAGUCUGGAGCUAAGUUUGAACUUAAAACUAGAUUUCUCUGGUGAAUUGAUUAUUUUCUGCCUGUUUAAUUUUUUUUUUAUUCUGUGUCACUUUAGGUGAUUCUUAUUGACCCACUGGGUCCUUGUCGCUCACAAACAAAGUAAUGGUGCCAUUUUUAUGCUGUCCAAUAAGUGUAUCAGAGCCCUUAUAUUAAUGGCAACUCCCCCCCCCCCCCCGAGUGUUUAUCGGAAGUUACAGAGAAAUGUACAUCAUUUAUCAAUUACUCAACAUAGCCAAUCUGAAGUAUUAUUUAUGGCCCAAAGGUAUCAGCGAAUGUAUAACCCAAUAAAAAUCUUUUUUUAUGUAAACUCAGAAACCAUCCCUUUUGAAAUCUAUAGUACCACAUGCAGAUAUGUAUGGCUGCAUUCAGAGCUGAGUAAUGUGCACAUCAUGAAAAGUAAGUUCCAAAACUGUGCACAUCAGUUUUCAAAUUAAACGUCUGGAUAUGGACUAUUGCACUACUCACCCAGCUAUGACCACAGGGUGGAGUUUCCCAAAAAUAGUCUGUCUCUGAGGUAGAAUUCCAGCAGUUUUCCUUUAGCACAACAUCCAUUCUCAAUAGAAUCACUCACUACAAUCAAUUUGCUGUAACCACAAUUUUACAACAGAAAUUUCCUGUCUGUGCGAACACACAAAAAUACCUUUAUGUAUUGCAUUAAAAUGUUUUCAGGCUGAUUUAUUCAUCACUUCUUAGACACAGGUACAUCUAUGUAUUCCACCUAACAUUACAAAAUUAAGACAUGACAUGAAGUUUAUUUCCUCUUAUUCAUUAUUUUCAUUCACAAUGCAGCCAGCCACUGAUGUUCUGCACUAUUUUGUGAUUGAUUAUGAUUUAAUUCCUUUAAUGGAUGUUAUGAAUCACCAGGAUUUUCCUUUGACAAACAAACCAUUCCUACAUGUUGAAGAGGCGCCACCUCAGUGAGACUUUAAAGGCUUAUUUCUCAAAGGGGGUAGUAAAGAUACAAUUUAAUUUUUGAGCAUUAACUGCCGUUUAAGUCAGCUCUGAAUGCAACCAAUUUGCACUUUGUACGUUAAUCAAUACAAACCAUGAGUCAUCAAACUGUUGAUGGCAUCAAAACCUUUUUAAGAAUUCAAACCUGGCUUUAUUUUCAUUUGUCCCAUAAUUGUAAUGAUGUGGAAACUGUCAUCUGAGAGCAAUUAGUUUGUCGUUAAAAUGAUUAACUUCUGCUUUCUACAUCUGAUGGGCUGCAUCAGCCACUGCAGUGCUAAUGCUAGACAUAAGCUGCAUAAUUGCAUGAUGGGGACUUUCAGGAGGGCUACAACCAUAGAUUGACGGUUGAUCCGUGAACCCACUUUUUAUUUCAAUGUACAAAUGUAAAUGUUUUUAAUAUUUUUAUUACCUCUUUCAAAAAUAUUCCCCACAACACAUCAUGUCUUGUUGUUAUUUACAUGAUAUACAAUAUAUAGACACAUUCCAAAUAGUUAGUUAUUCUCUGAUUUGGAUUGUUAAUUUAUUCACCUUCAAACAUAAUAUCAAAAAUGUUCCAAACCAACUGCAUUUGUAAAACUUACUGUCUCCUCAUUGUAUGUGAGCUGUGUAGCAUAUUCCCCAUCUUUUAUAACUCAGUUUUUGUGCAUGUACAUUUUCUCUGUGUCUGAUUUCCUUUGUGUAUUUCUACGGAGGCAGAGAACAAAGAGGGCCAGUACAAAUUGCCACUUGAGUAUUUGUGCAAUAUGAUGAGGUAAACUUGUAUGUAAUGUCUAUAUGUCAUUUUUACCAUGUGUUUUUUUUUCUUUUUUUAUAAGUGUUGUAUAAUAUUCUUCCAUUUCUUAACCUGAUUUGUUCUUUCAUGUCUUUGAAGAACUGGGACAAUUCCUAAUCAAGGCACUUAUCAAAUGCACAACAUUAGUUUUGUAUAAUUUUCAUUUUUUUUUAAAAAAAAAUCUCAUGUACUUCAGAUCACACUGUAGACGGUGCCUGUCACAACACAAGUCCAAGGCAUUCCACUGGUUUGUUGGUUUGACCCCAUUUGACUCUUGUCCUCACCGUAAGGUUCCCCCUGCAGUCCAAAAAACACUGCAUAUCUCUGCUAACUGACAUCCUGACAUUGUAUUGUGUUCAUUGUACUAUCUUCAGUGGGUGUCAUGGGGAAGUGCAUUCUGAAUUCUUAAGACAGGAUGUCUCACCAUAAAGUCGCAUCCCAGUUAAUAUUCAGCAGUCUGGCAGUUAUCAGAAUAGAGCCACACGUAAAAUAGGAAAAAUCCAGCAAUCAGUGAGAACUUUUUUUAUUUAGUUUUAGGAUGUGGUUGCAGCAUUAGACAUAUUCUUCUUUUUUUAUAUGACAGGUAUUCUAAAACCUGCGCUAAAGCAGCACUGGUGACUGUCUGAGCACCGACAGUAAAAUCAGACAGGCUGUCAAUUAAUUCAGUUGUUAACCCUGCAGAUCCAUUUGUUACCUCUAAAAAAAAGCUUCUCAGACACUUUACACAAAACAUGUGUGCCUGUUUGUGCACAGUAUACAUACUGUGUGCGUGCGUGUGUGCAUGUGUUCACAUAUGUCUCUAUGUAGGUGUAUAAUAAAAACUACAUUCAUGCGAGCAGAUCCUUCCUCUAGACUCCAUGUCCAAAAUUCUGUAUUCUUCCCAAAAACUCAGAAGUUGUUACAUGUCAAAAUCUCUGCUUUUAUUUUAUAAUGUAUAAGAUGCAGUGUUAUUUCUGUGCUAGAGUGGGCAGCCUUUUACCAUUUCAAAUGGGUCCUUUUUUUGAGACAGUACUCUACUGAUGCCAUGUAUUUCUAUGUUGUCUCAGAGAAACAUAUGUUUUGUCUAAAAUCAUCCUAAUAAAAUGAAUUUGAUAAACAUU